AUGUCGGCCGCUAACGUUGACGAGAGAGUAUUUGAGGAGUUACAAGCACUUGAAGCGAUAUUCUCGCCGGAUAUAAUAAUUAAAUGGGAAGAUGGUGUACCGAAAGGUGUCGAAAUGAACGUACUCCCGUCCACUUGUGAUAAUACGGACGAGCAGUAUGUACGUUUGACCCUGGAAAUUUGCCUGUCUCCAGACUACCCGGAGACUAGUCCCAAGGUUAUCAUGAGGAACCCGCGAGGGCUUGAUGAUAGAAUCCUGUCUUGCAUGCAGUCGGAUAUUGAAGACAAACUAAAUGAAAAUAUUGGCCACCUUAUUGUUUAUGAACUGAUUGAGAUGGUAAGGGAAUGCCUGACCCAGUGCAAUCUACCGCGUGGGCAGUGCGUCAUCUGCCUACACGGGUUCGUGCAAGGCGACAUCUUCAUCAAGACACCAUGCUUCCACUACUUCCACAGCCAGUGUCUGUCGAAGCACUUCAUUGCUGGGAAGAAGUAUUAUGAAGAGGAACUUGAUAAGUUACCCGCUUGGCAAAGGAUGGAAGCUAAAGCAUACCAACAAACCUGUCCAGUAUGCCGUUCAACUGUGCAGUUCAAUGUAGAUGACCUGAAGCUGGCACCACCACCUGUCGAAUCGAUUGAUGCUCAACCUUUUCAUCUAACUGAUGAAAUUAGGUCUAUGCAAGAACGCAUGGCUGCACUGAUGGCUCACCAAAUUUCGCGUGGUGGAGUCAUUGGAAUCGGUGAUACCGAACCACCACCGCUCAUCAUCACUGACCCAGCAGACCAGCAGGAGCCGAAGUCAUCCACCAGCGGUACCCAAAGCGCACCCCGACCGGAGACAUCUACCAGCGUCCGUACCACAGGAAACUCUGCUUCCGGCGCCCCUGCUUCGCCCACACGCCCUCCCUAUCGGCUAAGGGGCUUCAAUCGACGCGGCAAGCCGGGAAGGCGAGGCCGCGGCGGUUCGCGGUGA